CCAAACCUUCUUCCCUCCUCAAGUCUCUCCCUCUCCCUCUCUGUCCACGCUCUCCAUCUUCCUCUUCCAGCGAAGAAGGAAGCAGAGUGUCACUGAGACGACGGAGAAGAGACUCAACAGCUCAACCAUGGCGAUAACAACCGCGCCGACCGUUCUCGCCGCCCUCCUCUUCCUCAUUCUGGCCUCCGCAGCACUAUCCGACCCCGCCUCCAUCAUCGACUACGCCGCCAAAGGCCGGACCGCCUCGGCCCCGAGGACCGACGGAGAGGUCGUGGAGAUGUACGAGCUCUGGCUCGCGAGGCACGGCAAGGCGUACAACGGCCUCGGCGAGAGGGAGAUGAGGUUCGAGGUGUUCAAGGACAACCUGAGGUUCAUCGACGAGCACAACAGCUCUCAGAACAGGACGUACACCUUGGGCCUCAACAAGUUCGCCGACCUGACGAACGACGAGUACCGAGCCAUGUACCUGGGGACGAGGAGCGAGGCCAAGCGCCGGGUGAUGAAGUCCAGGAAUGCCAGCAGGCGGUAUGCUGUCCGAGCUGGGGACCGGUUGCCUGAGGCGGUGGACUGGCGGUUGAAGGGCGCGGUGAAUCCGGUCAAGGAUCAGGGAACUUGCGGAAGUUGCUGGGCGUUUUCGACAGUGGCGGCUGUGGAAGGAAUAAAUCAAAUUGUGACGGGUGAAUUGAUUUCUCUAUCAGAGCAAGAGCUGGUAGACUGCGAUCGGAAGCACAAUUCGGGCUGCAACGGAGGUCUCAUGGACUAUGCAUUCGAGUUCAUCAUCAAGAACGGAGGGAUGGACACUGAGCAGGACUACCCUUACAAUGGCAUCGGCGGAAAGUGUGACGCUUCUAGGGUGAAUUCAAAGGUUGUCACGAUUGAUGGGUAUGAAGAUGUUCCGCCCUAUGAGAGUGCGCUUAAAAAGGCUGUGGCACAUCAACCAGUUAGCAUCGCCAUUGAAGCCAGUGGCAGGGCCUUCCAACUUUACCAAUCUGGUGUAUUCACUGGCGAAUGUGGCAUUUCCCUUGACCACGGAGUGAUCGUUGUUGGGUAUGGAAGCGAAAACGGAGUGGAUUACUGGAUAGUGAGGAACUCAUGGGGCACCAACUGGGGCGAGGACGGUUACAUCAGGAUGGAACGCAACGUCGUCAACAACUUCUUUGGUAAGUGCGGCAUUGUGAUGGAACCCUCAUACCCCACCAAGACCAGCCAAAACCCUACGAAAUCAGAGUGGAGGACAAUGACUACAUUAGAAGUCCUUGAAGAGUCUGUUCUGGCUACUCUAAGCUAAGGGAAGAGGAAGAACUUGAAGAACGGUGGGAAGCGCUUUUUUUAUAUUUCUCCAAUCCUGAUUUGGAGAUUGUGUUUUCAGAUGAUCUGUUCUUUUGAGGCCUGAAGUUAAGUGCAAGGAGCAGGCUUUCUUUCUUAGAAUUCAGUGGUCAUCGUUGUGCAUACCUAAGUGUCGAAGUCGAGCUGCACCAAACGAAUGGAUUCUUGGUCGCAGUUUUAUGUUUCCUUUCGCAAUGCUCAUCAGAAUGAAUGUCUUCAUCUAGUGUUUAUUAAAAAGGACUUUCGCUAUGAAA